UGCUAUAGCUGAUGUACAGUUUGUACCGGCUGAAAUGGUGGGGGUGAGCGCUGCCGAUGCACACGGAGAGGAGUUGCGGGCAGAGGAGAGCGAAGCCAUAAGGAGAGAAGCAGCAGCAGCAGCGGUGGCUGCGGCGCCUGCAGCGGUGCGUCUUCAGGUGAAUGAGGCGAUGGAGGAGGAGGAGGAGGAGGAAGAUGAAGCAGUAGAGAGAGCGCAGAAUGAGCACGAUGCUAGAGCGGAAGAGGCUGAAGAUGUACCUGCCAAUAGGGAUUCUCAGCGCAUGAUUAAUGUUGACCACCUUCUUGCCACAUGUAUAGAGCCAACAGCUGCUGCUAAUAAUAUUCUACAGCGCUUGAUGGAACGAGCAGCUGAUGAAAGCGAGAAUAUUAUUGAGUAUGCAGAGCAUCCAUGUGUUAAAAGACGGCAACAAAUGCUCGACUUUUUGGCCCGACCAGUAGAACCCGAAGAAAUGCGGUACACAAGAAGAAGCGCUGGAGGAUUGGUCACCGAGCAUAUUUUUAACCAGGGAAAUCCAAGAGAUCGUCAAAUUAAUGAACAACAUAAUCACUCUGACGAUUCAUCUUGUUCUUCUUCUACAACCAUUUUUCCCUUAUCUACAUCAUCUUCGAACACCAAUACUUCAGUAGAAUCGCAGGAUUACGAGGCCGAUGAAAGUGAUUUUUCUAUUCAAGUUGGUAGAGGAUAAAGAAGAAGAAUUGAAAAUUCAAGCAGCAAUAAUGAUGAUUUGUCUGACUACGAACAAGAGGAUAAUCAGCCCAGUGAGGAGAAUGAGGAGGCGGAGGAGGAGAUCAGCGAGGAGGAUGAGGAGAGAAGCGAAACAGACGAUAAUAUGAAUUAUCAAGGAGUCGACGAGGAAAGAGAGGAUGAGGAUAUCCAGCCUCCUGGUAAUCGUUUUGAUAUUUUUCAACAAAAUUCGCAUUAUAUAUCUAAGUAUAAAAUAGAAGGUAGACGUAUUGUGCUAAAAAUAAGAUCUCCAGCGAAGGAUGGAUCUAUAAAUCCGAUAGUUUGGUUGGAGUUAGUUAUUCGCGAUAUUUAUUCUUAUAUAAUUUCAUUAUGUAAUGAAAACGACAUGAUUGGCGUCUCCGUUAGAAGUUUAAAUUUUGCACGAGGCCCGGGUGGGUUAUCGUUACGAUUAGUAAAUAAUUUUUUUUAUAAUGAUUUAUGGAAUUUAAUAAGCGGAUUAGCUCAGAGUAAUGAGGAUUUUCAAAUAGAUGAGAGCUUUAUUCUAAAAUUAACACUUGUUAAUAUACCUAAUGGUGGCCGAGGUGGAAGUAGAAAGAGGAUGAGUGUUGAUAGCUUAUCUCAGAGAUCGGUUGUAUCUAUAAGAAAUAACGAUAAUUUAUGCUUGCCAAGAGCUUUAAUUGUCGGGGAGGCUUUUAUGAUAUAUAAAAAAUUCUUUUCAAGCGAAGCCAUUGAUACUUGGAAUAUUGUCAGAGAUAACAGACGUGUAUACGAGAAAUAGGGACGUAUCAGCGGUAUUAUGUUGCAAAAAAUAUCGCUAUUGUAAUAUACGAUAGUUUAUCUUUUGGAAGUGGAGAACCGCCCUUUUACGAUGGAAGACCUCUGUUAAAUUAAAAUUCUUUUGACGUUAUAAAUCUUUUGUACGACGCGCGAAGGCGUCAUUUCGAUACAAUAUUAAAUUUAACCGGUGCUGCGCGCAAUCGUUUUUUCUGCGAACAUUGUAAUAAAAGCUAUAGAUACGUAGAUGAGCAUAGAUGCAUAGCCAAAUGUGACAAGUGUUUUUGUGCGCCAACGUGUAAUUCUAAUAUAGAUAUUAUAAAGUGUGUAGAAUGCAACCGAGAAUUUUACGGACAAGUAUGUUUCGACCGUCACAAAAUAGAUGGGUCAUACAAAAAAAAUAAUAAAAAAAUAUGCGAUGUAGUAAAAGUUUGUAAUAUGUGUUGCAAACGAAUUAAUAUCUACAAGUCAAAGCACGAGUGUGGAAUCAAUUGGUGCAACUUAUGUCGCGAAAAACAUGAUGUAAAUCAGCUCUGUUAUAUUCAACCCAUUGGACGUAAUGUUAACGCACAGAUUAAUCGUAAAUCCCCAAAGAAAAACUUAUCUAUUUUUUAUGACUUUGAGACGCGUCAAGAUUCUGCUUACCGUGAACAUACAGAGAUAAAAAUACACAUUCCAAAUCUAUGUGUUGUACAACAGGUUUGCGAUGAUUGCAUGGAUGAUGAAAAUAUAAAUAUACUAUGCCAUACGUGUGGUGUAAGAGAGCAUAUAUUUCACGAUGAUCCAGUUAAACAAUUAAUAGGUAUGACAGUACGCGAGAAAACUACCUUCGGUCAAAUAAUUUGUAUUGCUCAUAACUCUCGUGGGUUUGAUGCGCAAUUUAUUUUGAGAGAAAUCGUUGAAAAUACCUCAAUAGUACCGAACGUAAUAUUGAAUGGACAAAAUAUAAUUAUGCUUCAAUGCGGGCGAACAAAAUUUAUUGAUAGCUUAAACUAUUUUCACAUGAAAUUAAGUGCUUUACCACAAACCUUUUCUCUAUCGCCAGCUAGUAAAAAAGGAUAUUUUCCUCAUCUAUUCAAUACUUUAGAUAAUCAAAAUUAUGUUGGGGCUUUACCCGAAGCAUCGUUC